AGCCCUUCACCUCACCCCAGGAGGACGAGCCCUUCACCUCACCGGGAGGACGAGCCCUUCACCCACACUGCCCCAACUCUCAAGAAGUCAUGCCCUACGUGCUCGUGGGACGAACGCACCACUUUUAUGGCCAGAGAUUAUGGGAGAUUGUUGGUCGUCUGAAGGACUUGGGCGCAGGGAGGAUGGUAGUGAGGAGUCGUUUUGAGAGGUACCCUGAGCCAACCUUCUACCGUAUUGUUAGUGCUCAACCAGAUAUGGACACUGGCCGACCUCAUAUGGAUGAAGAUAACAUGAGAGGGAAAAUAUUGGUGGAGAAAGUAUUCCGUGGAAAGUAUUGUGGAGUGGUGGACAUUUCCAAAGCCGCAUAUAAGACAGACUUCCGCUUGAUACACAAACAUGACGAAGCCAAGUAUUUGCAGGCGCAGGAAAAAGUUACUCAUGCUGAGCAAAAAAUUUUACCUAAUACCUUGGAAAUGCCACCUCUUCUUAAGAUUGUAGCAGAAAGGGAAGGCCAUGCAUCUAAUGUCCUCCAACUUCGGUUGAGUAAUAAUGGCAGAGCUCGCCUUGCUCAAGAUGGAGAGGAACCCACUGUUAAGUUAUCACUUGGGUUAGGGACACCACUUAGCCCACAGCUGUAUGAAGGCGUGUUAUAAGAAUUUGUUUCCGGACCGAAAUAUUAUCUAAGGCUGAACAGUAAUUUAGUUGCAUUUGAAGUAACUUGUACAGCAAAUACCUUAUUUUCAUUUUUUGUUUCAGUAUAUAUUAUUAUAACUCGAUGAGUCCUGUGUCGCAAUGGCCUACAUUGUCAGCUCACAACCCAGUGUCCAAGAUUAAAUUCCUGCAGUUGCACAGAGAUA